AUGGAACUUCCCAAAAUCUACAAUGUCUACUUUCUUGCCAUCAUUGCCACCGUUGGCGGCAUGCUCUUUGGAUUUGAUAUAUCUUCUAUGAGCGCUAUCAUUGGCACAGACCAAUAUAUUACCUACUUCAACAACCCUCAUGGUGUGACGCAAGGCGCCAUUGGCUCAGCCCUCGCUGCUGGCUCAGUUGUAGGUGCAGCCUGUGCUGGUUACUUUUCUGAUUUGAUUGGACGUCGAGACUCGAUAUUCUUUGCAUGCUUCUUCUGGCUGGCAGGCACCUCUGUGCAGGUUGCCUGUAAUGGUGCUGGUAUGCUCAUCGCGGGUCGUAUCCUCAAUGGUGUCUGCGUCGGCGUCACAUCCAGUCAGGUCCCCGUCUACCUCGCAGAGAUCGCCAAGAAAGAGAAACGUGGCAGCAUCAUCGUCAUUCAGCAACUUGCCAUAGAGUGGGGCAUCUUCAUCAUGUUCUUUAUUGGAUACGGCUGCAGCUUCAUCGCCGGAAACGCCUCCUUCCGCACUGCAUGGGGCAUUCAAUUCGUACCUGCCGUGUUCUUGAUGGUUGGGCUCCCCUUCUUGCCACGGUCGCCGCGGUGGCUUGCAAAGAAAGGCCGAACGAAAAAGGCCAUCAACGUGCUUGCCAAAAUCCAGGCACACGGCAAUAUCGAUGACCCGCUAGUCGUAGCGGAAUGGGAGGAAAUUACAUCCACAUUGCGAGCGGAGCGAGAAGCACUUCAGGGUUGGCGAAAGUUCAUCAAAAAUGGCAUGUGGAAGCGUACGUUUGCGGGCAUGUCAGUGCAGGCAUGGCAACAAUUGUCUGGUGCGAACGUCAUGACUUAUUACGUCGUCUACGUCUUCUCGAUGGCCGGGCUCACUGGCAAUAUCAACCUCAUUUCCAGCGGUGUACAAUAUGCGCUCUUCAUCAUCUUCACCACCAUUGUCUUCUUCUUCAUCGACAAAACCGGCCGCAGACCGCUCUUGAUCUUCGGUGCUAUCGGUAUGGGCACUUGUUUGUUCAUCGUCGGUGGCGUGCUUGGCUCUUACGGCACCUAUGUUCCAGGCGGCGUGGGCGGUAACCUGAACGUCAUUGUCGAAGUCAAAGGCACCCCAGCCAACACCGUGAUUGCGUUUUCAUACCUCCUCAUCAUUGUCUACGCCUUGACCCUCGCUCCGAUUGCUUGGGUCUAUGCAGCAGAAGUCUGGUCGCUCGAGACUCGGGCUACUGGAAUGGGUCUGGCCGCUACCGCGAAUUGGCUCUUCAAUUUUGCGCUCGGGCUGUUUGUCCCACCGGCUUUUGGCAAUAUCAGCUGGAAGACAUUCAUAGUAUUUGGGGUCUUGUGCUUCGCUGCCGCGGUGCAGGCAUUCUUGACGUAUCCGGAGACUUGCGGGAAGAGUCUUGAGGAGAUUGAAUUGUUAUUUUCGAAGGACGGGCCAUGGCCUUGGAAGACGAAGCCAGGGGAGAGCAGAUUGGAUAGACGGGUCGAGGAUGUGAGGACAACAGGUAGGGGUUUGGAUAUGAAUGGGGAGAAGGAAGGAGUCGGUGAAGUGGAGGAGAUGCAUAAGGAGUUGAGCGUUUGA